GAGAGGAGGCGAGAUCACUCAUACACACACAUACACACACACGCUGUCUGUGCUGUGUGACGACGGACACAGACACUCACAUGCAGUCAGCCAGGUACUCUUGAUGAUCUUCACUGUUGGAGGCACUGCUUGUGGACAAGGAAGAAAUGUGAAAGACAACAAUAAGCUACCUUGACGCCUUGCAAUGUUUGUCUGGCUCUGACAAACGUGCAUUAUGGAUUUUUUCCUAAAACACUAAAGAAGACAGUAAAGUUGCCCGAAGAAGAUUCAGUAGGAGGGAAAUAAAUUAAUAGUGCAUUACAGAUCGUAGGACCAUGGCAAACAGCAGCAAGGAACGUCUUUGUGGAUCUGGGGCACCACUUGGUCAUGUCAAUGGCUAUCCCUCAACAGUCUACCCGUAUGCUUUCAGUGGGGGCAUUCGGAGCUCCCCCCCAUUUGAAGUGCUUGCUAAUGGUGGCUUCUUCAGAAACUUCUCCACAGACCUUCCCAAAGAGAUGGCUUCUCUGUCUGUGGAAACACAAAGUACCAGCUCUGAGGAGAUGGUCCCAAGUUCCCCCUCACCUCCGCCACCUCCUCGUGUUUACAAGCCUUGCUUUGUGUGCAAUGACAAGUCGUCUGGAUAUCAUUAUGGAGUCAGCUCAUGUGAGGGAUGCAAGGGCUUCUUUCGCCGCAGUAUACAGAAGAACAUGGUAUACACAUGUCACCGUGACAAGAACUGCCAGAUCAAUAAGGUGACACGCAAUCGAUGCCAGUUUUGCCGACUUCAGAAAUGUUUCCAGGUCGGAAUGUCAAAAGAAGCCGUGAGAAAUGACAGGAACAAAAAGAAGAAAGAGGUGAAGGAGGAGGUAGUGGUAACAGACAGCUACGAGAUGCCCCCUGAAAUGGAAGAGCUAAUUCAAAAAGUCAGCAAAGCUCAUCAGGAAACCUUCCCUUCUCUCUGCCAGCUGGGCAAAUACACCACGAACUCUAGCGCUGACCAUAGAGUACAGCUGGAUUUAGGUUUAUGGGACAAGUUCAGUGAACUGGCCACAAAAUGCAUUAUCAAAAUAGUUGAAUUUGCCAAACGUUUACCUGGAUUCACCACCUUGACCAUUGCUGAUCAAAUCACCCUCUUGAAAGCCGCUUGCCUUGACAUCCUGAUGCUGCGGAUUUGCACACGCUAUACUCCAGAACAAGACACCAUGACUUUUUCAGAUGGCUUGACCCUAAACCGAACUCAGAUGCACAAUGCUGGUUUUGGGCCUCUCACAGACUUGGUUUUUGCAUUUGCUGGUCAACUGCUCCCAUUGGAAAUGGAUGAUACGGAAACUGGACUCCUGAGCGCCAUCUGCCUAAUUUGUGGAGAUCGGAUGGAUUUGGAAGAACCAGAAAAGGUGGAGAAACUGCAAGAACCGCUCUUAGAGGCAUUAAAAUUUUAUGCCCGGCGACGAAGACCAAAUAAACCUUAUAUGUUCCCUCGUAUGCUUAUGAAAAUUACUGACCUGCGGGGCAUAAGCACCAAAGGUGCAGAACGAGCAAUUUCACUAAAGAUGGAAAUUCCUGGACCAAUGCCCCCACUGAUCCGUGAAAUGCUGGAGAAUCCAGAAGCCUUUGAGGAUGGUUCAGACACCCCCAAAGCCAGCGAGACCUCCUCCUGUGAGAGCAGCGAUGGCAGCCCAACAGAGGAAGAUAGCAAUGGUCCUAAAACUCCCUAGCUAUCCUAACCUUGCGGGAAGAAAAUGGCCCGCAGCCUGAACACUUUGUGUGAGCCACAUUGGCUUAACCCCUUUAUAUGAGGCAUUCAGGGGUGAGCCAGAUCAGCAGGGUCAUCAUAAACCCUUCUGGAGGCCAAAUAAUGCUCUUAUUUACUGAUACAAAUAGGCCUCCUUGCUGAAAGAAAGAGGUGGCCGAGACUGGACUCUUGUAAUAAAGACAUCUGCCAAGGAAACUUUGAUGGAUUAAUGUUUAUGUGAUUCCAAAUUCACAUAAGGGCACAAAACACCUCUCGAAUUAUUAAACAUGCCUGCAAGCCUCUGCAACAACAAAGUGACCUGGAUAAUCUGUAAAGGGCGUUCUUGCUAUUUCCUCAACAUAUUGCCAAAGAUUGUGAUGUCCUUUGACCCUUCAUUUAAGGGUGUCAUAGUGCCAAGGGACAUUAAGAAAUCUUAACACCAGCACCAUUUCUGGAGAGGUCUGAAGCACAUUGCUCUGUGUGUACAUAUGCAUAUACAUAUAUAUAAAUAUAUAUAUACAAGCACAUACAUAAUACACAUGUGUAUGUGCAUCAUUAAAUAUAUUUGCUAUUGCCAUGUUUUUAAGCUUUUUUUUUCCAUGAAUGGCUGAAACGAGGUCAUAUGACUAUAAAUAAAGCCUAUUAUUCCUUUACAAUGACAUCAUGGGAUGUACAUUGAAAUGUAAAAUAUAUUGCAUAUGCCAACCUCAUAUACACAAAGCAGUUUGAUAUAGACAUUGUGAUACCCAGUAUUGAAACAAUACUUUUUCUUGUUUAAACCAAUAUUACAAGUGUUAAAUACUGGUGUAACUUCAAAUGUUCAUUCCAUAGCAGGUAAAGAAACUUGUUUAUGCAACUGGUCGUUGGAAUAAAUAUUUUUUUAUUGGUUUCAUGUAA